AGGUGAAAGUUCAACAGGUUACUUCGCGUUCGGCUGCGUUCCUGCUGAAAAAUGGCGACGGAGACCGGAGUGGGCGGAGCGGGCGCGGGGGAAACCCUGCCGUCUGUGGGCGACGCGGAGCUGGACGGGCUCGUACGGCAGUGGAUGGCGUGGGACAAGACCGAGGCUACCCGAGGGGUUCUGAAGCAGCUGGUGCUUGACAAAAAUGUGGAUGAAAUCCGGAGCAGGCUAAGCCAGCGGAUGGCAUUUGGAACUGCAGGUCUGCGGUCCAGGAUGGGAAUGGGUUUUUCCCAGAUGAACGACCUCACCAUUUUACAAACAGCGCAGGGUUUUCUACGCUACCUGCAGAAGACGUUUCCAGACUUGCAGAAAACAGGACUUGUCAUUGGUUACGACAGUCGACACAACAGUCAAAGGUUUGCCCAGCUGACUGCAGGGAUUUUCCUGCAUGCUGAGGUUCCAGUCUUUCUUUUCUCCAAGAUCUGUCCCACUCCCUAUGUGCCUUACAGCGUUCUCCAUCUUGGUUGUUCUGCUGGUGUCAUGGUUACUGCCUCCCACAACCCGAAGGAGGACAACGGAUACAAGGUUUACUGGAACAACGGGUCACAGAUCACCUCUCCCCAUGACAAGGGCAUCGCCAGCUCCAUCGAUGCCAACCUGGAGCCGUGGCCCACAUCUUGGGACGUCUCCAUCUGUGAGCAGAGCCCGCUGUGUCAGGAUCCCAUGGACAGGAUCACCAAGGCUUACUAUCAGGACAUACAGAACUACUGUUGCCAUAGGGAAAACAACCAGAAGACAAGUGUGAAGUUCACGUACACAGCCAUGCACGGGGUCGGGUACCAGUUUGAAGUUCAGGCCUUCCAGGCCUUCAGCCUGCCCAGCGUUAUACCUGUGGAGGAACAGAUCAUACCAGACCCUGAGUUCCCAACAGUUAAGUUUCCCAACCCAGAGGAGGGCAAAAGUGCCCUGGACCUGUCUAUGCAGACGGCAGAGAAACACGGCAGUUCUGUGAUCCUGGCCAACGACCCUGAUGCAGACAGACUGGCAGUGGCUGAAAAACAAAAUGGUUCCUGGAAGGUUUUUACCGGAAAUGAGCUCGGUGCUCUGCUGGGCUGGUGGGCAUGGAAGUGCUGGAGACAGAAGAACCCAGACAAAGAUGCCAAAGAUGUCUGGAUGAUAGCCAGUACUGUGUCGUCUAAGAUUCUCAGGGCCAUCGCAAUCAAGGAAUCCUUCAACUUUGAGGAAACACUUACUGGCUUUAAAUGGAUGGGAAACAAAGCGGAUGAGUUGAUGAAGAAGGGACAAACUGUGCUCCUUGCAUUUGAAGAGGCCAUAGGGUUUAUGUACGGCACCAAUGUGCUGGAUAAGGAUGGCAUCAGUGCGUCUGUGGUAAUGGCUGAGAUGACAUGUUGGCUGGCCAGUCAGAAUAUCAGCCUCACACAGCAACUAGGCAGGAUCUUUGAAACCUAUGGUUACCACACGUCAGAGAACUCCUACUACAUCUGCCACGACCCGCCCACCAUCACCAAGAUGUUUGAGAGGAUGAGGAACUGGGAUGGCAAGACUGGCCAGUACCCUAGUUCAUGUGGUCCAUAUAAAAUCAAGCACAUACGGGACUUGACAGCAGGGUACGACAACAGCAAGCCAGACAACAAGCCGGUACUCCCCACCAGCAAGGCGAGUCAGAUGAUCACCUUCUCCUUUGAGAAUGGCUGUGUGGCGACCUUGAGAACCAGCGGGACGGAGCCCAAGAUCAAAUACUACACAGAGAUGUGCCUGCCGCCCGGCACUGGAGGUUCGCCAGAGUCGGUAGCUGCAGAGCUCCAUGCGAUGGUGGAGACCAUGGUGAAGGAACUCCUCCAGCCUGAAGUGAACGGGCUGAUCGCCAGGAGUGGUUAACGAGUCUAGUAAAGCUAGCUGCAGCUCUAUAGAAACCAGCCAAGGCCAAACCAACUUUGUAUCUUGAGCCUCUGUCACACAUUCAAAACCUUUUCUCCCUUUUUGUUGGAGGAUCUGUUUGUCUUUGAACUAGACCACGGGUGGCCAGUCCAGGUGUACU